AUGUCCUCUGACAGCAGUCGUGGCAAACGGCAUCAUCACCCGGUGGACAGCCUUUGCCGUAAGCUCCAGACGAUCAACAUGAUGGAUCAGACCUCGAAUCCUGUGCUGCAGAUUCCAAAGUUCCAAUCCAAGAACUUUGACAGCCCGCAGAGCAACGUGAAGAAAAACCUGGAGGAGAUCCUGAAGAAAAGGACCACGAAAACAAGCAACCACAGCAAUGCGCUGGGCAGUGACCCUGAACUGCUAAGCCCAUUCAGUGACAAUGUCUUCUCCCCGUGCCCACUGAUGGCGACCCCGAGUCACAGGCGUGUCUCUGAUAUCCGCUCGGAGACUUUCUCAGUCAGCAGAAAUAAAGAGAGGGCAUGCAGGCCUUGGCUCCUGGUUGGCCAAACGGGGUGUUGUUCUCCAUAUCUCCUCAAGCGCGGGGAGUUGGCCACCCCCAAUGCAGAACAGAAGACCGCAUCUUCUCAGGAAUAUAUUUAUUUGACAUCGAGCCCUGAUUUGUUGACCAGGGAAGUGAAGCCCACGCAGCGUAUGUUCCGGUCUCCUGUGAGCAAAAGACUCUCUUUGGGUAAGGGAUCGAGACUGCCAACAGAGGCCAAAGAUUAUGAAAGCUCUGAAGUAAGCCUGAUCUGUGAGGAAGACCUGUUGACGACGAUGUUCUCUGCGUGUGAUGUAGAAAGAAGAGGCAAAGUGGCUGUUUCCAAAUUAGUUGAUUUCCUGAGGUUUACCACAAGCCGGACUUCAGAAGACAGCAGUCUAGAAGAGUUAUGUAACAUGCUUGAUCCCGAUCAACGGGAUAUCUCCAUGGACUUGGAAACCUAUCAUGCCAUCAUGAAAGAAUGGAUUGAAGAUUCCAAAAGAGCUCCCGUGAGGAUGAAUGUAACGUCUGGAAGCUUAGAGGCACUUGGCGGAGAUGUGUCUAGAGGAGAUUUAGAAACCUCGGACUUGAUCUCCUGCAUAGCGGAUCUCCAGUUCAACAAUCAAAAGCUUCAAGAGGAGAAUGGGCAGUUGAAACUGGCUUUGGACGGCAUGGAGGAGGCCAAUAACAGACUCACAGAAGAGGGCGGGGAACUUCGCAAUCAGAUAAAAAGUUUCCAGCAGUCUGUGGCUCAGGUGAAAACUUUAAAAGAGGAAUUGGAAGAAUCGAAGAAUAACCUCAGUACUGCCGAAGAAAAAAGGCUGAAGAUGGCAGCCCAGAAUAAACAGCUGGAAAAAGAGAACCAGUCCCUCAUUCUCAAAAUCUCAUCUCUCCAAGAAGAGAACAUUGGGAAUGCUCUGGAUUCAGAUGGCCUCCAGAAGAAGAUAGCAGAGUUGUCCAGUAAUAUGGCUGAUCUCAAAAUGCAAGUGCACCUAUAUGAGAACAUGUUGGGGAAUAAAGACACAUCCCUCCUUAAGAAGGACUUGGAUAUCCAGGAACUGAAGUCUACCCUUAAGGAAUACAUGUCAGUAAUAGAGACUCUGCGUGUGGAGAAGAAUAAAUUGGUGAACAAUAUUCAGCAGAUGCAACAGGAGUUGAUAUCGAACGGCAUAAACUUUCCUUUAGUGUACAAGUUCAACAGCAGCAUCUUUGAAGGGAACAAUUCACUGCAUUCUGAGCUGGAACUUGCUGAACAGCAACUGGAGAGCCCUGGAAUCGAAGUUACUUUGCUGGAUGAGACACUGGACAAGGAGGUCUUGCUGCUCCUGCAAGGGCCAGAGCGAGUGGUAGAAAAGUUUAAGACCACCAUCCAAAAACUGCAAGAAGAAUUUUUUCAAGUGGAGGAAUUAGCAGGUCUGUCUCAGCUGUGGGGAGCGGAUUCAGAGAGCAAUACACGAGAAGCCUAUCAGAAGAAGCUGGCGGAUCUCCGGGAAGACCUGGGGAAGAGAAGAACUCUCUGGAUUCAGAAGCUUGAUCUCUUAGAAGCUCAGAAAGAAUCCUUGGACAAGGAGGUUAUUAAAAUGGCAGGCAACCUGAGGAGAAUGAGAACUGAACAGCUACACCUGAAGAAAACACUGUCGUCCAGGCAGAAUGAGCUAGCCUCAGUCAAUCGGCUAAAAGAAGAUGCUGUGGCAGAAGCCGACUUCUUGAGGUCAGCACUUCAAGAGGCAACCAACCAACUAGAGGAAGCCAGCAAGAAGGUUAAGGAUCGGGAGGUCGACUUUCACGCAGCCUGCGAGGAAGCAAGUACUUUGCAAAAGAAGCUAGAAGAUAGCGUCGCCGAGCGAGGAAACCUCCAGGGUAUAAACCUAAAUUUAGCACAAACGUGCCAGCUGCUGGAACUGAAAGUUAAAGAACACAGCACUGCUCUUGACUCACUCAGAGGGAAGUAUUUUAAUGGGCUGUUGUGCGGAGUUCUUUGUCAGAGCUGUGUAGAUUGUGACUGGAGGCCUUUGUCCAGCUCAAAUGGAAAUGAAGAGAUAAGAACGGGAGAGAAGGAAACUUGCUACUAUCAACGAUUUGGAGUCCAAGAGAGCUGUCCUCUUGGCUCAUCUAGGGGACCCAACUUAAGAUGCUGGAUCUCACAAUAUGCUUCACUACUAGAUGCGCUGGCCCUUGACUCUCUCCAGUUGAUUCAGAGAAGGUCCGUGCCCAGGGCCCCUGGAAAUACUAGAACUUCAUCUACUUUGGAGGAGCCACAUCUGAGGAAUGGAUCCCUCUUGGAUAUGAUGUUGGAGGAGCACAGGUGCAGUAACCGCUCUGUGGGUAACCAGACUGAUGCAGACGUUGCUUCAGGCACAAGGAUGGAGGCAGACUUUACCAAGCAGGAUGAUGCUGGGCCAUUGACAGACGUCCUACCCAGCAGUGACCAAAUUCCAUCCCAGAAGGUCUCUUCCCCUGCUUCAGAAUGCACUAAAGGAUCUCAUGAUAUGGAUUCUACACUACUGCAUACCAUGGAAGUGAAGGUUUGUGAGGCUACUUCAGUCUCAGUUGAAGAAGCUGCUGCUGUGGACGAGGAAGCUAAAGAGGAGACUUUAUGCAACAUGGCUGGAGAUUUUUCUUCGACUGAGGAUCUGUCUAGCAUUGCAGUGUGUAGAAACAGGCAGAAAAGCAGUGUGUCUCCCAGUGAGAAGGAAGUGGAGGCAGAAUUUCUUCGGCUGUCUCUGGGGUUCAAAUGUGACCUCUUUACUUUGGAGAAGAGAGUGAGGCUGGAAGAGAGGUCCCGGGAUCUGGCUGAAGGAAACCUGAGGAAGGAGAUUGCCAGCGCCUUGAAACUACUUGACUCUCUGGCCUCUCUAAGUGAAGAAAACCAGGUACAAGAGAUAGCUAAGAAGCUGCAGAAGAGUUUGGAGCUCCUGAACCAGCAUGCUACCAGGGUUGCCAGCAAAGCAGAAAUGUUGGGAGCGAUUCACCAAGAGAGCCGGGUCAGUAAAGCCGUAGAGGUGAUGAUUCAGCACGUGGAAAACCUGAAACGUACGUACGCGAGGGAGCACGCAGAGCUAGAGGAGCUGAAGGAGGCGCUGCUCCAGAACGAAAAGUCCUUCAGUUCUCUUGGCGACCGAGAUGAGUCUUCAAUUAAAAAGCUGUCUGGUUCUCUGAAGCCAUCCUCCCUACGCAGAGUUAGCAUUGCAACCUUGCCUAGGAAUACUGGAAAUGCUGUCGCUCUUUUGCCGCUGGCUCAUUUAAACGAAAGCGACGGCGGCGAGAGGAAUGACAAAUUCAACAGGCGCUCAAGUUGGGGCCUAAUAGGCGCAAAACAAGGCGAGAAGCGACCUGUGCUACAGCGAUACAUUAGCUCCCCUUCUUGGACAGAGUCGGAGGAAGACCAGCCUGAAACAGAAAACGCCCCUUUGGAUCUGCCAGUUCCAGAGAUACAAGGAAGCAAGGCCCGGAAGCUCAGUGAAAAGGAAAACGGCCCAACAAAAUGGCGGCUGCUAUCACUGUGUACCAGAGCUUUCUCUUGGGUCUCAUCCGUUAGGACUUCCUUCUGCAGGCCUAGCAAGGCCCUCUACGUUUCCGUCGUCGCAAUUGUGUUCCUUGCUGUUCUUUCAACGUUCAUCAUGGGCUUGUCGUUCCGAACUUCUGCAGAAGCCGCCUCUGUUGGGACUGGGGACGCUUGGACUUCAGUACAGCAGCUGCUGUGGCCAUAUACCGCUCUCCAGCACCAAGGCCCACCACCUGUAUAAUUCACUGGUGGAGUUCUAAAUGGGUUCCUCUGGACUCAUCCCUGGGGACCCAGCUGGUGGCAAGGAGAUGGAUGGUUCAAGCUUUUUACCUUCAACAUAAUUCAAGGCCCUGUAUGUAGAAGGAUGCAGCUUUGAGACACAAUAUCUUAGCAUUGUUUGAGACUUUGACAUUAGUAGUGAGCUUUGGGGAUGCAGUUUCAAAAUGAAACGCAGUUCGGUCCUUCCUGGUGCAGCAAGUGUAUCUUCCAAAUUACUACUCUUAAAAAAUGACCUUUUCCCUCCUCUCCCACCAUCUUGCUGAAAAUCUUGGGAAAUAUAUUUUAAGAAAUCUUUGGGAGUGAAUAUAGCAGGUCCGUACAUGGCCUAGGAGUAAAGUAUUUAUUUUUGUUUGUUUCUCUUUUUUAAAAAAAU